UUUUUUCUGAUUUUUGAUCAUAUUGUAAGAUUUUCACUUUUCAGUUUUUUACACACUCUCUACAUAUUAUACAGGUCGAAGAUCUACUUUUCGUGUAAAAAGUUUCUAUAAAGCCGUCAAAAUGGGAAACGAAAUGUCUUCGUCUGCUAUGGAGAAGCAUCUAUUUAAUUUAAAGUUCGCUGUAAAAGAGUUGGAACGAAAUUCAAAAAAAUGCGAAAAAGAAGAAAAAAUGGAGAAAGAAAAGGCGAAAAAAGCUAUUCAGAAAGGUAACAUGGAGGGGGCAAGGAUACACGCUGAAAAUGCAAUACGACAGAAGAAUCAGGCGUUGAAUUAUUUACGAAUGUCUGCUAGAGUUGAUGCAGUUUCUAGCAGAGUGCAAACAGCAUUAACAACUAGAAAGGUCACAACCUCCAUGGCAGGUGUAGUUAAAGCGAUGGACGCAGCGAUGAAAUCAAUGAAUCUAGAGAAGAUAUCAACUCUAAUGGACAAGUUUGAGAGUCAGUUUGAAGAUCUGGAUGUACAAUCUUCGUACAUGGAAAAUGCAAUGUCACAAACAACAACAACUUCAGUACCGCAAGGCGAUGUGGAUACGCUGCUGCAGCAAGUGGCUGAUGAGGCUGGAUUGGAACUCAACAUGGAGUUACCGUCAGGUGUGCCCAGUACAUCUAUUGGCACAGCUACAGUGGUGUCACAGGAACAAGACGAGCUCACGCAGCGACUCGCCAGAUUAAGACAGGCUGAAUAAUAUUUAAUGUAUGUUUUAUAAGUUUCCAUCUAUUUACAUGUGAUACUGGCAAUAAUGCAAAUGAAUUAUUGUAUGUUUGGUUUUCAUGUUAUGUGUAUAUGAUUAUUGUGUUUAUUUGUUAUUCAAGUUUACUCAUCCAGUUUCAAUAUUUUAUGGCGCAUAGAUUGAACUAGAAAGAACUUAUCUGUCACAAGAAAUAUUGUUUUUGAUACUUAGAUUGAACUAGAAAGAACUUAGAUGUCACAUUGUAGGUAUUUAUACUGAAUAAUCGGAUGUCAACUUCAGCAGAUUCAGUUCUUUGCCGUGUCUUGAUUAUAUGUGAACUCAUUCAUUGAAAUACUGAUACCACUAAACCCAAUCUAGCAAAAAACCGAUUCGGUAGAGAAACAUUUGACAUCGUGUAAACAUACCGUUAUUUGGAUCGCAUCCGUGUAAAACAUUCUCUAGUUCAGGGGUUCCCAAACUGUGCGCCGUGGAAAGUGAAGAGGGGCGAUCUGGUUAUAUUCGCGAGUACCUUUUUUAGUUUUCAAAUAGCUAUUUUGGGUUGGUAGGGAGCCGUGACAAAAAACUUAACAUGAAACUGCGCCGCGAGCUGAAAAAGAUUGGGAUCCUCUGCUCUAGUUCAAUCUAUGGUCUAUGCUCUUUUUUUAUAAACUUGUAAUAAAAGUGGAGGGCUUUAUAUAAUUACAAUGUUGGGAAAUUCCAAAAUUAUGAUUUAAAACUUUGACUUCAUUAUAAUUUGAUUUAUUUAAUGUAAAUAAAAACUUUCCACCUCCAAGUAUAUUUUGUUAAGAAUUGUAAAUCUCUUGUAAUGCAUAUAUGAGCAUUGAGCAUGUUGAGUCCAUCUCAUAAACAAUUGCAGACUUAAUUUAUAAAAUAUAAGUAACCUAGGAUAAAAGAUUUUAUUUUUACUAUGUUCUAAAUGUGGAUUCACCAAUUGUAUUAUAUGAAAGGUGUUUUUAUUGUAAUUAAUUAAAUGCUUUAUAAGUUGUAAAA